AUGAUCUCAUCUAAGCCUCUGCUCCGUAGCAACAGCUCUCUUGUAAACCAAGUGUUGUCUGUGAUCAUCCAAAACAGGCCAUUUGAUGCAGAGCUAGCUCCUGCAGCUUCCAAUACUCAAAAUACCAACCAGCCAUGGAGCAUUGAAGCUGUUUCUGAGGUUUUGAGAUCUAUACCCAGAUUACUUUUCCAUUCAACCAGAUCCAUUGGUCUUCAAAAAAGCUUCAGACACCGUGCUCCUCUCAAGCAAAGAAACCUUCGAGAAGAAUCUAAUAAAGCUCAAAAUGGUGUUCUUGUUCUUGGUCCAGUUGCACAUAGAGAUCCUCAGAAGGUUAACUUAGGAUUGAAAAAAGCAUUGGUGUUCUACUAUUGGGUUGAGACCUAUUUUGGGUUUACCCAUAAUGCAAUAACUUGCCGAGAGAUGGCUUGUGCAUUGGCUAGAGCCAGUAGACUGAAAGCCCUUUGGGAAUUUCUCGAAGAUAUGGCAAGGAGAGAAAAUGGUGAGCUUGUGACAACUAAGACAAUGACAUAUUUGAUCAAAGUUCUUGGAGAAGAGGGAUUAGUUAAUGAAGCAUUAGCUGCAUUCUAUAGGAUGAAGCAGUUUCACUGCAAACCAGAUGUUUAUGCAUAUAACACAAUCAUUUAUGCUCUUUGCAGGGUUGGAAACUUUAAGAAGGCAAAGUUUUUGUUGGAGCAAAUGGAAUUACCUUCAAGAUGCCCGCCUGAUACAUUAACGUACACAAUCAUGAUUAGUUCUUACUGCAAGUACAGCAUGCAAACUGGGUGCAAAAAGGCCAUUAGGAGGAGGUUGUGGGAAGCAAACCACUUGUUUCGUGAUAUGCUCUUCAAGGGUUUUAUUCCUGAUGUUGUAACUUACAACUGUUUGAUUGAUGGUUGUUGUAAGACAAAUAGAAUUGAGAGAGCCUUAGAAUUGUUUGAUAACAUGAACAAAAAUGGAUGUCUCCCAAACCGGGUCACCUAUAAUUCUUUCAUUAGGUACUACAAUGCUGUUAAUGAGAUUGAUAAGGCUAUUGGCAUGUUGCGAAGGAUGCAAAAGAUGGACCAUGGGGUUCCCACUUCAAGUUCAUAUACUCCAGUUAUUCAUGCUCUGUGUGAAGCUGGAAGGAUGUUGGAGGCUAGGGAUUUUCUGGUCGGGUUAGUUGACGGAGACUCAGUUCCUGGAGACUAUACAUAUACCUUAGUUUGUAAGGUGCUGAACACAGCAGGAAAGAAUGAUCUGUUGGAUGAUGAAUUACAUAAGAGAAUUAAGGAUGGCAUUGACAAAAGAUAUAGACAAGUAAUGAAGGUGAAACCAUUGAUGUCAUGCAAAAAUGCAAUUUAA